CAAAAGCACCCGCCCGCACUGCCUCUGUGUGCGUCGUGUGCGCUCUCCCAUCUCUCUCUCUCUUUUGCCAGCCACACCUUUCCACACAUACCAAGGCACCACAUCCCGCCUCUUCGUUUUCAACCACUUCCCACCACAACGUCACCUCAGAGAGCCCACACGAGCAGCAGAAAUUCCUGCAUUCUUGCAAUUACGAAAUAGCCCUCCCCCGCAGCAUAACCCCUGUAUCGCGCUCUCUUUUGUCUCUUUUGCCUCUUUUGCUUCGUAUACCAACAACAAACCUACACCACUCCUUACCGACCCGGAAUCACUCCUCCCGACUUUUACACCUGCACACCUUAUGCGACCGUUAGCUGUUCUUAUUGCUCCCUGAGAAAGGAAAACAACUGCCUGCCCGGGUGGCCGAUGCCAACGUGUUGACGACUAUGAAUCCUCAUUACUGACUCGAUCGCCCAUCGUCGCUACACAACAGUAGCCGUCGCGAUCGCACACGAUUGCAUCUGAACUGCAAAUAACCAGUGUUCCAACAUCAUCAGCCAUGGAAACCUUACGUCUAAGAGCUCGUCUGCCGGUCGAGGACGAGAUUGAGAAUUGGGACGAUGAAGACUUUGUGAUUGAUGGUGACGAUCUCACCUUUCAGAGCCAGUCCAACUCGGCCAACCUUCCCACCAACCGUCGCGAUUCGCAAUCAUCCUUCCGAUCCGAGUUCGAGUCCAUCCAUGGAGAGGAGGAAAAGCAGGUCCACCUGCCCGGCGACGAUGAGAAGUCCACCCUGGAUGCCAUCGCAGCUGCCGAAAAGGCCGGCGUUCCGAUCCCCAAAAAUGUACCACCAUCCGCCCUUAUGGGGGGCACCAUCAAGCGUCUUGGGGGGAGAAAAUUGAAAAAGGUAAUCCAGGAGGAUUGGGUCGACGAUCUCGAAUUUCCCGACAUGGGCCAGUCGCUCCAGUUCAAACCCCGCGAUGGCUCCCAGUUCCCCGAAGUCCUGCGCCAAGUUAGUAAUUCAACAACAAACAGCCCUCUGAAGCCAUCCAGGAAGUCGCUCACCAUUGCUCAGGAGGAUCGCAAGGAGAACAGUUCGUCCUCCAUCAGCAACAGCUACAUCGACCUGGAGCGGUUCCGCGACAACGAGGACGACGAUGACUUUUUCGGAGAUGGCAUGGAGACAAUCAAAGUGUCUAAGAGGCGCCAGACUCCCAAGCCUAUCUCUUUGAUCACCCCGCCGACCCCGAAAAAGUCCAACAUUGACAAACCCGCCGAUGGAGAGGAUGAUUUCGAAAAGGACUUUGAACUUCCAUCGGAUGGAAAACUUCAGCUGUCGACAAGGAGGGACGUGCCAAAGACGCCCACUUUCAACACCAUGAUGGAUGACUUUGAGUGGGCCGAAGGCAGUCUCGGGACAAGAUUCGGUGGCACUCGUCGCGAUCUCAUGUCGUGCCGUAGCUCCUCCGUCUCGGCCAUGAGUCCCAGCAUAGCAAGCUCGAUCAUUACCGAGAGCGAGGAUGAGUUGUUUGAGGGCAUUAUCCUGCCUCAUGGACCGCUGGAUUUGGGAGAGAGGCUCCGACGUCGUCGUCAGAGCAGUCGCUCCCCUGUGCGCAACAUUGCUCCCGUCCCGCCGAUCAAGGAGGAAAAGGAAGAGGAGAAGGAGGAUUUCCUUGCUGGCCUCGUUCUUGGCGAUGGCGAUGUCUUUGACUCACGUAAAUUAACUCUUCAUCGCAAUAUUCAGGUGAAGGAGACGAGGCCUAUCAGUCCGGCCCGUCCCAAGGCCUCUGUCGCCCUCAAAUUCACCAACAAGCCUGUCACCACCUCUCGCCUGCCUCGUCCCAUGGGUCCGGCAGUGAACCACGAGAGGUCCAACACUCAAUCAUCCUUGUCCUCGUUGGAGCCUGUCUCUGAGAGCGGUGGGCCGAUCGCUCGCACCACUCACAGCAGACGAUCAUUGUCUCGCCUGGGAGGUGGUCUUGGUCAUUCGGCGCAGUCUUCAGUCGCCAGCGUGACUAGCAUGGGCAGCCUCAGUAGUAUCGCGACCCCCCCUACUCCGUCUUCAGCACAGACUGUCACCCCCGCCCCGUCCACCCCAUCUCGGAGGAGAGAACUUGGUCAAAAGACCUCGAUGGCUCUCAGACAGGCCGGGCCAACGACCACAAGUGCUCAGCUGCUCCGAUCUAAGAGGUCGUUGCCUGCGUUGCGAAAUCUACCAUCUCCUGCUAGAGGCUCGGCGACGGUCCGGGGGUACGAGCGCCCCCCAUCCCGGACGGACUACUCGGCACGAGGCCCUCCCACUCUCCGGCCAAAGACGCCGGUGGAGCAUUUGCGGUCCUCUGAGAGUUCGGCGGCCCAAGCCCGCAAGGCGCCCGUGCCUUUUCUCCCGGCCGGGGCGUCACUCUCGCAAUCGCACAACAUCAACGCCAAGUCGUCGCGGGUGUUCCGGCGACACGAUUCCGAAACCAGUAUUGAGUACCGGCCAGGCUCUAGAACGGUUUCUCGCUCUACAAUACGCUCGCCUAGUCCGCGCAGGUAUCGCCCGUCUGAGAAGGCCACGGCCGAUGGGGCCUGGAGCAAACUGAGCAUGCCGCGCCGAGUGAAGAACUUUGGUGACGGGCACGAACUGGAUGCCUUUGACGAUCUGCCGACAUCGACUCAGGCGGAGGCCAAGUUCCUCAAGCAACCCGUUAGCGGCGGGGCCAAGACGCACAUGCGGAGCAAGACUCUUCAAAACAUCCUUCCCGAUCGGGCCAUCACGACCCCGUCGCCCAUUGCACCGUUUGUUGCCCCCCGGGUCGAUAGCGUGCCCAGCUUUGCCCGCGAUACCACCGCGAGCCGAAUUGCCCGGGAAACCAGUCUCGCUCAACGCAACCCCUCCGGCCCGCUGGCCCCACUAACGGCUCAGCGGGUCGCCCAGCUAUCGUCUGCCAGGGGUACGCUCAAUAUUUCCCAGCCACCGACUCUAGCGGCCAAGGGUACGCGCAAAAUGCGGAGAUCCCCACAGGCGAAGCCCCAUUUGAUAUCCAAUCUGAACCCCCCGAGAGAGGCAAAGACGGUUGGUGGAAUGUUUUAUAACCCCGAGACCUUCAAGUGGGAGGGCAACGACAAUGUGCUGCACGCCUUCGAGGCCCCGGCUUCCACCACCCCCUCUACGACCUCGGUGCCAAGAUAUGUCAUGAGAGAGAGGGAAAACGCGACACCGCGUCCGGCUCUCAUCACCAACAUCGGCGCCACCAAGGGCGUUCAGGUUGUGGGCGGCAUGGUUUUCGAUCCUCAAGCCAUGUGCUGGCUCAAGCUUGGGCCACAGUCCAACAGCAAGAGCAAGCAGCAGGCUCAGCAACCUGACGCCCUGGAUGGAUUCAACCCCCUGGAUGACGAAGACGAUGUCUUCAAGGACAUUCCCGAUCUUGAGGAGCGUACCAUGGCCUCUAGCGACGGUGGCAACGGGCGCGCCAGCGAGAUCAAGGACGACUGGCUCGUGGGCGAGGAGUUUGACGUCGGCCCCGAAUUUGUUCGUCGGCAGCGGGAAGAGGAGGACCGCUGGAGAAAGAAGUGCUCCUCCUGGAUCAGCGACCAGGUGGACCGCGGCGAUGCCUGGAAGUGGGCGAUUCGCGACAUUGUCAAGCAGAGCCUUGCCGACUAG